AUGGCAGAACUGGUUUCUGGUAUCGCGAAACUCAAUCCCUUCUCCAAGAAAUCAAAGAUCGACGAUGAAGACAAGGGCGAGGCAAUCGAUGCAGGCACGGUGGCUGGCGGUGGUCAUGCGGCGCAACAGUCGCACAUUACGAAAGAUGAGCUACGUGUCAGUCAGGCGCUGAGACGCUUUUUGGUAGAGGAGAACGUUUUAGAAGAGGCAGAAGCGGGAUUGAAGAGCGAGCAGCCAACGGCAGCCCUACGUGAAUUGGUUUCCAAAUCUCACAUCCAAGUCCCACCUGAGGUCAUCGAGAGGAAUCAUCCAUUACCGGAAUAUUUCAUCAGCUCGUCUCACAACACGUACUUGAUGGCCCAUCAACUAUACGGCGAGUCGCAUGCCUCUGCCUAUGAGAUUGCCUUACAUACGGGAUCUCGAUGUGUGGAGAUUGAUGCCUGGGAUAAUGACGACAACAAAGAAGAACCAAAGGUCACUCACGGCUGGACACUCACAUCCAACAUUCCAUUUCGCGCAGUCUGCGAGACCAUCCGGGAUGUUAUUGAUAAAGAAUCUGCCGAUGCAAGAAAUGCUGCGCCCAUUAUGAUCUCCCUCGAGAACCAUUGCGAUGCGCAUGGUCAACGUCGUCUGGCACAGAUCAUGCAGGAAAUGUGGGGGGACAGGCUGCUCAGCAAGGACAUUCGCCAGAAAGGUAUGCAAGAGCAGGAGGACCAUAGCCAACACAACCACGUCACCUUGGCCGAGCUUGGGAAUAAGAUUGCUGUAAUUGUUGAAUAUCACUUGCCAAAUGAGCAGGAGAGCAGUGACAGCGAUUCCAGCUCGGAUGAGGAGGAAGAGGAUAAGCAAGCGCGACAAGAGUAUGCUCGAAAGAAGAAGGCUACUAAUGCUGGCAUCAUCGUACCAGAAUUGGCAGAGCUAGGAGUGUAUGCACAAUCUGUCAAGCCUGUCAACAAUUCCUGGUUCGAGGCUGAUCUCGAAAACGCGCCUCACCACCAGCUCAUCAACGUUUCAGAGUCUGGCUUAAAAGCGCAUCUUCCUGCGAACAGUGCAAAGAUUGCCAGGCACAAUGCCCACCACUUGAUGCGCGUCUAUCCCAAGGGAACCCGGAUUUCUUCCAAAAACCUCCAGCCCGUACCCUUCUGGGCCAUUGGAGCCCAAAUCUGCGCACUCAAUUGGCAGACUUUUGGCGCGAGCUCCCAGAUCAAUGAGGCUCUCUUUGCAGGCUCAGGAGGCUAUGUUUUAAAACCGGCUGCCCUCCGCGCUGGUGGUAGCGGUAAUCUGAACACAGGCAGAAGAAAGAAACUCCGCCUCCAUGUUGCGGGUGCAACGGACGUUCCCUUGCCCAAGGACCGCGACAACGAAGCCAUCAAACCCUAUCUGACAUGCACCCUCGUGCACGCAAACGACAUGAACAACAUGCCGCCCAAGCGCAAGACGGCUGGCUAUAAGCCGCACAAACUGACCGGCUUCAUGCACAAAGACAACUCGCCUUCUACGGAUCCCGUCUGGAAGGACGUCCUGGAAUGGGAAUACGACGACAAUGAACUCGUCUUUCUGCGCCUCCUUAUCAAGAGCGAUGACAGCUUUGCGCGCAAUCCCAUCUUUGCCGUUGCCGCCGUUAGGCUCAUGUACACCGUUCCCGGCUGGAGCUUCAUUCGCAUGCUCGACUUGGGAGGCCAUGAGACAAAGUGUACUCUGCUCGUCCGAUUCGAAUUUGUCGACGUCUAG